AUGCACGUGUCACGGCAAAUGUCUAUGCGGAAAAGGAAUUCACAUCAUCAUUUCCAUGUUUCUGGCAUUUCGUCAUUAUUCAUAACGUCACGGUUGUUUUUUCUGUUGUUACUGCUGUUGCCCGUGCCGUACGUUGUGAGGGGAAAUACGGAGCAUGCAUGGAAAGGGGAAGCACUUCCAGAGGGCGUCGUACGCGGACCGUUGCUGCACGAACACGCAUUUAGUGCCCCUAUCGUGACGGAUUGGUGGGAUGAGGGGGUACCGCACUUUAUGAUUGGCGGUUCGGCGGUGGCGAAUGAAAAGUUUAUUCGUCUCACAACAAACAACCUCGGUGAUCACGGUUUUGCCUUCAAUACGGCACCAUGCGAUCACCCAUCGUGGGAGGUGCGGCUGCGUUUUUCGAUUCGCGCCCCUCUUCCUGUUGUACGGGCGCGUGCACGGCAGGCGGAGCAGGAGGCGGUUCCGUACGAGGGGGGCGAAGGCAUGGCGCUGUGGUACCUCGAGCAGCCACUCGGGGAUGAUCACCAGCACGUGCCAAAGUACAGCAAGCAACUGGACCCGGAUGCAGCCCAGGAGGAGAAGUUAAGCCGGGAUCCCUCACGCGUCGCGGAUCUUCUUUUGAAUCACAAUGACGAAUUAGAUGAAGACGAAGAUGAUGAUGAUGAGGAGGAAGAGGAGGAAGAAAAAGAAGAGGAAAUGAAUGAGAAGGCGAGAGAGAAACGUCGUAUGGCGCGGCUGCUGAAGCAGAAGGAGCGAGAAGAACUGUAUCGCCGUGUCUUUAAAAGGGGCACCUCGAUAGACAACAGUGAGUAUGAGCCACGCAUUUUCGGGCUGAAGUUUUCCGAGUUUAAAGGCUUUGGUGUCCUACUGGACUCCGUCGGGCACCGCGAGGGCACCGACUCUCAUCCGCAUCAUCACCGCAGCAGCAACAAUAAAAACAACAACAACAGUAGCAGCGGCAGAGGCAGCGCAAAGAAUGCACCACAUGACCCUCGCAUCACGCUCUUGUUUAAUCUGCCGGCGAAGGAGCGAGGGGGUGCCAAACCGGCUGUGAACAACUUCAACCCGAGAGAACCCGACUUUCACAAGUCACCUGUGCGGCUGCAGUGCCAAUAUGACUUCCGGCAGUUGCCGACGGAGCGUGCGGUGCGGAUGUCCGCACAGACGACGCAUAAAGAUGAGCAGGAGGCACGUGAAUCCGGGGGAGAGGCACUUUUGCAUCGCACACCGGAGGACCCGGUGGAACUUGUGGUGCGAUAUCACCGCCGUCGUCUGAGUGUCAUAAUCACGCGUGAGGAUGUGAGCCGCCGUCGCAUUGUAGCCGUUAACCCUGCAGAAAUGGUGCAAAAAAGGCCGAUGAAGGGAGGAAAUACGUACCGCGUUGAGAAAAUGUACGUGGAUACGCUGUGUGGUGAAAUUGACAAUGUGGAUCUUCCGUUAAAUUAUCACUUUGGUGUAUCCGCCAGCACCGGCCCGCGUAAUAAGAGGCAUACAGAGCGGAAGGGUGCGGGAACCGCCAACUUGCCGUCAUCACCAGGCGGUAAUCCCCUCAGGGCAUUUAUAAAAGAUUUGUACACGGUGAAGCAGAUGGAUAUGCACGUGGAUGUUCACGAUGUCAUCUCGUUUGAGCUUCGUGAGUUGGGUAAAGACGCAAAGGCGAUGGGGUACUCAAAGAGCAUCCCGAUUGAACACUUUGACUACGAAGUUGACCGACGUGAGCGGCAGCACUUUUCACGACAACUCCCCGUUGAUCCAGAGCCAGACGAAUAA